AUGGGCCGGCUCAGUGAUGGCCAGCUCAGCGAGGACCAGCUCAACGCUAUUUGCGUCAUCGAGCGGACGUGCUCGGUGCUCUCGCUCCUGGGCUGCGUCUUCAUCAUCGUCACCUUUUGCUCGUCGGCGGCUUUCCGCAAGCCCAUCAACCGAAUCGUCUUCUACGCCUCCCUCGGCAACAUGCUCGCCAACGUUGGCACCAUCAUGUCCGUCUCCUACCUGCAUCGUCUUGACUCGUUCGGCUGCCGCCUCCAGGCUUUCCUGCUUCAGCUCUUCAUGCCUGCAGACGCCUUCUGGACCUUGUCCAUGGCCGUCAACGUAUACCUCACCUUUUACCACAGGUUUGACGCGCAACGCCUCCGCAACAUGGAGCUGUGCUAUCUGCUCGGCUGCUAUGGCAUCCCCUCCGUCCCCGCCCUCGCCUUCCUCUUCGCCCGCAACAAGCUCGGGCAGCGCAUUUACGGGAACGCAACCCUGUGGUGCUGGAUUUCGACCGACUACGAUGUUCUCCGCGUUGCCACGUUCUACGGCCCGGUGUGGGUCGUCAUCCUCGUCACCUUGUCGAUUUACGUACGGGCCGGCCGCACCAUCUACCAGAAGCGCCGGCAGCUGUACGCCCUGCAGUCGUCGGAUCUCGACCCCGUACGCGUCGAGGGCGAAGCUGGCGUCGCCGUUGGAGAGGAGGCCACGGCGGCCCCCGAAGCCGCUGCCGAGUCUGCGAGCCGUCCCGUCCCCGUGCGGAGGCUCGCCUCCUUCUCCGGGGGCGAUUCCCAGAGCGCCAACAGCGCCUGUCCUGUCCGCACGUCCUCGCCCGGGUCGUCGGCGGUCCCCGACGAGCAGCUCGUGCCUCCUGUUCCCGACGGAACCGUUCGCCACGCGGGCACGGCACAGGGUGCGCCGCAUAGAGUCUCCAGGUCCGCGAGACGACGCGUCCACGAGCUCAACAACGCGGCUUCGUCCUAUGCCAAGUGCGCCCUUUUGUUCUUUACGGCCAUUCUCAUCACGUGGAUUCCGUCAAGCGCGAACCGAGCCUACUCCGUGGCCCACCAGGGAGACGUGCUUGUUCCGCUCUUGUACAUGAGCGCUUUUGUCCUGCCGCUGCAGGGGUUCUGGAAUGCCAUCAUCUACGCCGUCAUGUCGUGGGGAGCUUGUAAGAGCUGGCUGCGCGACUGCAGGCCGAGCCGGAUGCGGGCCGUUUCCGGCGUCGUCGGAGGCAUACCGGCCGGCGAAGGCGGCAGCAAACAUGGACGUAACAAGGCCCAGUUCAAGACGUCAACGGUCGGACAGCGCCUCUAG